GUGAGAAAUGUUCCCUUCCGAUAUUCGACAGUACUCAUAAAAACAAGAAUUAGUCGCAUUUAAGAGCGGCGCAUUUGUAAAAACCCUAACGGAACGGAACGGAACCUCAACGUCCUCAACCACCAUUGACGACGUUGAAUUUGACUAGUCGAAGAUGGCAAAUCUUGAAGCAGCUUCUCCAGCUGCUGGUCCAAGGUAUGCACCAGAUGACCCAAACCUUCCAAAGCCAUGGAAAGGGUUGAUUGAUGGGAGCACAGGUCUUACUUAUUACUGGAAUCCCGAGACAAAUAUCACUCAAUAUGAAAAGCCGGCUAGUGCACCUCCACCAGUUCCAUCUGCUGUACCUCAUGUAGACACUGCAUCUCAGACUACUGUGCAGCAUGGACAGCCUGCGGAUGCUUCACAGUAUCAACAACAAUACAUGAAUCAGUUAUCUCAGCAGCCAGGACAGUUUCAGGGUCCAAUUUCUCAACAGCAAGGACAUUAUCAAGGUCCUCAAACUGCAUCAAAUCCUCAGCAGCAGCCUGCACAGAUUCCUCCUUCUGGGCAGCAGCAGUAUGUCCAUUAUGGACAAGGAAUGCCUCAAAGAAGCUCACAAAUAGGGCUAGCACCUGUGCAACAGGGACAAGCAACGCAGCCGCAGCACUAUGGGCCGCCAAUGACGCAGCAAAGUGGCCAACAGUUAUUGCCACAUCAAGGAUCGCAGAUGGUGCAACAUCCCAUUCAGCACAAUUCUCAGCAGUUAGGGCAGCAGGCACCAUUGCAUCAGGGUCCGACAGCAGCACAAUCCCAAGGGCUUCAUUAUAUGCCCCACCAAAUGCAAUAUGCUCCAUACCAACAACCACCUAUGCAUCCACAGGGGCAGCAAAAUGUACAACUUCAUCCUCAGGUGACCCCACAGGGACCUCAAUUCUCAUAUCAACAGGAUAAUAGAAAUGCUCAGCAAGAUGAUUCUGAUUAUCCUAAGCAAACUGGGAGCUCAAUUUCUCAGGUUGAGCAAAGUGGACACACAGCUGGUCAUGGUCCACCGUCUAUGAAUACUUCUAAUCAUGGAUUGCAAGGAAGCCCCCUCUCUGGUCAAUCACAGCCUUAUGCUUCCUCAGUGCAUAUGCAUCAGCCGCACCCAAAUGUUAAAGUGCCAGAGACUCGGAGUGAUAUUGCCAAUCAGCAUCCUUCCACUUAUCAAAAUCAAAUGGGUCAAUCCUUUAUGCAGGGUCAGCAGCAUGGCCUGCCUCCUGUUGCGCGAAAUAUGGGCUAUGAUGAAAGCCAACAACUGCGAUCUGGGAAAGGAUAUGACUUUAAUGCUAGCAAGGAUUCACCAUUGGUUCCGCCUCUCCACCCUAAUCUUGCUGCGGUACCUAUGCCAAGGAAUCAGCAGGACUCAAGGAUGGGUGCUUUCUCGCAUCAAAAUGUGCCACCUGGUCAUGACGGUUUGAAUAAGAUAAGUGCACCAGGUAUGCAUAGCAUGUAUAAUCAUGCAAAUGUUGAUCCACCUAUCCCUAAUCAACCUUUUAUGAGGCCAUCUCCGAUGAUGCCUGGUUCCACCGAUGCUUUAAAUAUUUCUUCCGUUGAGGCUUACCGACAGCAACACGAAGUGACUGCGACGGGCGAGAAUGUUCCGGCCCCAUUUAUGACUUUUGAAGCCACUGGUUUUCCUCCUGAGAUACUGCGAGAGAUGCAUUCUGCUGGAUUUGCUUCACCAACACCAAUUCAAGCUCAAACAUGGCCUAUUGCACUACAAAACAAAGACAUUGUGGCAAUUGCAAAGACAGGUUCAGGGAAAACAUUGGGCUAUUUAAUGCCUGCCUUUAUGCAUCUUAGGCAACGAAGAAAUAAUUCACGAAAUGGUCCAACAGUCUUGGUCUUGGCUCCUACUCGUGAGCUUGCUACACAAAUUCAAGAUGAAGCUAUAAAAUUCGGAAGAUCUUCCAGGAUUUCUUGCACGUGCUUGUAUGGCGGAGCCCCAAAGGGCCCACAGCUAGAAGAAUUACGCCGUGGAGCUGAUGUAGUUGUGGCAACACCUGGUCGUCUCAACGAUAUUCUUGAGACGAGAAAUAUUGAUCUUCGACAAGUUUCACUGCUUGUUCUUGAUGAAGCGGAUAGAAUGUUAGACAUGGGUUUUGAGCCUCAAAUUCGCAAGAUUGUGAAUGAGAUUCCUCCUCUUAGGCAAACACUCAUGUACACGGCAACUUGGCCAAAAGAAGUCAGGAAAAUUGCUGGUGAUUUGCUCCGUAGUCCAGUGCAGGUGAACAUUGGCAGUGUUGAUGAACUUGCUGCGAACAAGUCUAUUACGCAGUAUGUGGAAAUGGUGCCACAAUUCGAGAAACAAAGACGUUUGGAGCAGAUUCUUAGAUCCCAAGAGAGGGGUUCCAAGGUUAUUAUUUUCUGUUCAACAAAGAAGUUGUGUAAUGAUCUUGCACGAAGUAUUAGUCGCAGCUUUCCUGCUGCUGCAAUACAUGGGGACAAAUCACAGAGUGAAAGAGACUAUGUCCUGAAUCAAUUUCGCUCUGGAAAAUCACCAAUUUUAGUUGCAACUGAUGUUGCUGCUAGAGGCCUUGAUAUAAAGGACAUUAGGGUGGUGAUAAACUACGAUUUUCCAACUGGGAUUGAAGACUAUGUCCAUCGAAUCGGCAGGACUGGCAGGGCAGGGGCAACAGGAGUGGCUUACACCUUCUUCUCUGAACAGGAUUGGAAGCAUGCUGCUGAUCUUGUUAAAGUGCUGGAGGGAGCUAAUCAGCAGGUUCCUGCUCAGGUGAGAGAAAUGGCACUUCGUGGUGGUCAUGGUUUCAAUAAAGAUCGAAAUAUUAUGAAUAGGUUUGAUACUGGCCCUGGCCCUGCUUUUGGUGGUGGUGGGCGUUGGGAUUCUGGUGGCCGUGGUGGAAACAUGGGAGAUGGUGGUCGUGGUGGCAUGAGAGACAGAGAUAGUUCCUUUGGAGGUCGUGGUGGUUUUGGCGCUUCUCGUGGUGGUAGUGGCAUGAGAAAUGAUGGGUUUGGGGGGCGUGGCAUGAGAGAGAGAGAUGAUUAUGGACGUGGGGGACGCGUUGAUAAUGGUGGGCGUGGAUACAGGGGAGGACGAGGAUUUGGCGGGCCCGGUGGAUAUGGAGGUCGAUCCAGGGAUGAUUAUGGGUCAAAUGAGAGGUUCAAUAAUAGAGAUGUUGGAUUCGGACGUGGCCGUGGUAGGGGGCGGUUUGAUAACAGGAGGGAUGCUACGAGGAGUAGAGGAAGGAGUUACAGUCGCAGCCCUGAGAAGGUUCGUACAUGGGGAGGUUAUAGCAGAAGCGUAAGCCGCAGCCGUAGCCGUAGCCGAAGCCGAAGCCGAAGCCGUACUCCUCGUCGAAGUUAUAGCCGAAGCCGAAGUCGUGGUCGUACCAGGAGCCGCAGCCGUAGCCGCAGCCGCAGUUAUGAUGGUUAUGAGAGGCCUACUAGGCGAGAACGUCGUCCAUCGGGAUUUGAUAUGCUUCCAGAAACAGAUAAUCAUCAACAGAAGGAUUUAGCAGCAACUAUAGUUGGGCCUCCUGCUGUACCACAAAUUACUAAUAGCAAUUCUUUAUCUGUAUAUGAUGCUGGGGCAAAGCUUGAUGAGAAAGAUCAUAUUGUUCAUUCAGGUGUGGUCAAUCAAUCUGAUGAUUAAACAACUGACAUGUAGAGCUUUAGUUUUCUCGGAGGCAGAGCUCCACAUGCAUCUAUCUGAGGUUGAGGAAGGAAAUAGUACCAAGUGAACCUGAUGCUGCGUUUCAUGGUCGAUUCUCGCUCAUUUGCGUCGAUAUGAGCAGUAUGGUAUCAUCUCACACCUAAUAGGUGGCUGUUUCCUGCUGGCUUUAGCUUUAAACAUGCUUAUGAACUUAAAAUACUCGAUGAGAUAUUAUGUAGUUUGUUUAUCUAGCUAUUUUUGUUUUGGUUUUUGGUAGAGCUAUUGAUUUAAGUAUGAAGUUAGCAUUUGGAUUUUGGACGUAUAUUCUUGGUUGGUCACUGGUCAGCAAUAUACUAAUUAGAAGUAUUAGGUAUUGUUUUGGCACUG